CAGAGCUGCUGCUGCAUUAUGCUGAAGACAACUGAUGAGGACCAGCUGUACGGAGAGUACAGGGAGCAGCUGGGGAACUUUGCCCGACGGGAAGCAGCCCGUUUGCUAACAGAGAGACAAUGGAGGAGACAGGCAGGGGACAACACCACAGCCUCAGGCCGCAAAGGUCACGGCCGGCGGCAUCAUCAUCAUCAUCAUCAUCAUCAUCAUCAUCAUCAUCACUCUGUGGACUCGCAUCACAGCCACGGCUCAUCAACCAAGAAGCCUCGACCCUACUCCAAAUGCCAAGAUUGUUUGGCUCGUGUGCGGCGGUACAUAGUGACCAAGAUGGGGGAGGACUGGAUUUUCCUAGUUCUUCUGGGACUGACUAUGGCUCUGGUCAGCUGGAGUAUGGACUACGCCAGUGCCAAGAGCCUGCAAGCCUACAAGUGGAUGCAUGGGGAGCUUAAGGGCAAUGUGCCGCUCCAGUACCUCGCCUGGGUUUCGUAUCCUAUGAUCCUUGUCAUGUUCGCCUCGCUCUUCUGUCACCUGGUUUCCCCGCAGGCCAUCGGUUCUGGUAUCCCUGAGCUGAAAACCAUCCUUAGAGGUGUCGUCCUGAAGGAAUAUCUGACCCUGAAAGCCUUCAUAGCUAAAGUCGUCGGCCUGACUGCUGGCCUGGGCAGUGGGAUGCCAGUGGGCAAAGAGGGUCCAUUUGUCCACAUCGCCAGUAUCUGCGCCGCAGUGCUGAGUCGAUUCAUGUCCAUCUUCUCCGGAGUCUAUGAGAACCCUUACGGUUACACAGAUAUUCUGACUGUUGGCUGUGCCGUGGGGGUGGGAUGCUGUUUCGGCACUCCACUAGGAGGGGUGUUGUUCAGUAUUGAGGUCACGUCUACCUACUUUGCGGUGAGGAAUUACUGGCGGGGAUAUUUUGCCGCCACAUUCAGCGCCUUCAUAUUCAGGGUGCUCUCUGUUUGGAACAAGGAUGCUGUCACAAUCACAGCUCUCUUCAAAACUAACUUCAGGAUGGAUUUCCCCUUUGACCUGCAGGAGCUGCCUGCGUUUGCGAUAAUAGGGAUCUCAUGUGGCUUCUUGGGGGCGUUCUUCGUCUACCUGAACAGACAGGUGGUUCUCUUCAUGAGAAGACCGACAGCUCUCACACGCUUCCUUACCAAACAUCGAUUAAUCUAUCCAGGUGCAGUGACACUGAUCAUCGCCACCUUGACGUUUCCUCCUGGAUUUGGACAGUUCAUGGCUGGAGAGCUGAUGCCCAGAGAGUGUAUCAACUCCCUGUUUGAUAAUUUCACCUGGACCAAAAUCUCAGGAUCUCCUGCUCCACCCGGCCUGGGCCGCUCCUCUGCUUGGCUGCAUCCUCGUGUCAGCGUCUUCAUCAUCCUCCUCCUCUUCUUCAUCAUGAAGUUCUGGAUGUCAGCAGUUUCCACCACAAUGCCCAUCCCCUCGGGCGCCUUCAUGCCAGUGUUCAUACUAGGAGCUGCUUUCGGUCGCCUUGUAGGAGAGAUCAUGGCCACUCUAUUCCCAAAUGGAAUCCUGUUUGAUGGGAUAGUCUACCGCAUCCUGCCAGGAGGUUACGCUGUCAUUGGCGCAGCGGCGAUGACGGGAGCCGUCACGCACACAGUUUCCACAGCAGUAAUCUGCUUCGAGCUGACCGGUCAAAUAUCCCACAUCUUACCUAUGAUGGUGGCGGUCAUCCUAGCGAACAUGGUGGCCCAGGGUCUGCAGCCUUCUCUCUAUGACUCCAUCAUCCAGGUGAAGAAGCUGCCCUACCUGCCUGAGCUGGCCCUCGGGCACAUCAGCAAGUAUAACAUCUUUGUGGAAGACAUCAUGGUGCGCAAAGUGAAGUUCUUGUCUUCUCAAUCCACUUUUCGGGAACUGAACCAUCUGCUAGAGACCACGACCCUGAAAACCAUCCCGCUGGUUGACUCUAAAGAAUCCAUGAUUCUUCUGGGCUCCAUCGAGAGAACAGAGCUCCAGGCCGUCUUUGACUGGUGGCUCUCACCAGAGAGGCGAGUCUUUGAAAGAGGUCAGAGUUCACCGGGCCAGGGCUCCAAAGUCAGCUGGGAGUCCUUCACCUUCGUGGAUGAGGAAGGCGGAGAGGAGAGUGCAGACAAGACUGCUCCAGUUCAGGAAGAAUGCAAUGGGCCCAUGCAGUCCCCCAAACCUCAGGAGACCUCCACCAACCACACAGGCUCAGACAAGCGCAAGCUGCCAUCUGUCAGGAGGACCCUUCAGAGACUCUUCUCCUCCACGUCUUCAUCAGGCCAGACUGAAACCCAGCCUCAGGACACCGCACCCCCUCCGCUGACUGACACCAUGGCACCAGAGGAGAUCAAAGCCUGGGAAGAGGCAGAGCUGGACAAGCCAAUAGACAUGGAGCAGAUUCGUAUUGAUCCCUCCCCAUUUCAGCUGGUGGAAAGAACGUCUUUACACAAGACCCACACUCUGUUCUCUCUGCUGGGUCUCAGUCAUGCCUAUGUCACCAGUAUUGGAAAGCUGGUGGGUGUCGUGGCGCUGAAGGAGUUACAGAAGGCUAUAGAGGGCUCAACUCGUAGCGGGGUGAGGCUUCGUCCCCCUCUCGCCAGCUUCAGAGACGCCAGCAGGAAAGCCAAGAAGCACCAGCCUCCCUCAUCUACCCCUUCCUCCCCCACUCGGGACAGAGACCUGUGGGGGGAGGGGAGCAGACAUGAGGGGGAGCUGGUGAGGAAGGAGUCCAAAGAGGAUUGCCGAGGGAAAGCGUCAUCUUCCAGGGGAGCUGCCGGGUGUGACACUGCUGCCUCCUCCCCCAGCAGCUUGGGGAGCUCUCUUGGCAGCUCCACCACCACCACAAGAGGAGGUGAUGGCGCUCCUCAGGAGCUGGCGUCCCCUUCUACCUCCUCCCCUACCUCACCUUCACCCCCUGCCUCCCCUGUGUUACCCACCAGCCCUGUCCUCACGCUAUCCUCCCUGCAGGAGGACAGAGAGAGUUCGGAGUCAGAUGAGCCCAUAUAG